CUUGGCUGGAUUGGUCCCUCCCGGCCGCCGUGCGGGAGGCGGAAGUGUCAGAUCCGGAGGGGAUGAGGAGGCCGCCCGACACCGGGCAACACUAUGGGUAAUAUAUUCGGGCGGAAGAGACGGAGCCGGGUCACCGAGCAGGACAAGGCUGUGCUGCAACUCAAGCAGCAGAGGGACAAGCUGAAGCAAUAUCAGAAGAAGAUCGCCUUCCAGCUGCAGCGUGAGCGGGAACUGGCCAAACAGCUUCUCCACAAUGGCAAGAAAGAAAAAGCCAAAUUACUGCUGAAGAAGAAGCGAUAUCAGGAGCAGCUGCUGGAGAAGACGGAUAAUCAGAUCAGCAACCUGGAGAAGAUGGUGGAAGACAUUGAAUUUGCUCAGAUUGAAAUGAAAGUCAUCGAAGGCCUAAAAAUUGGCAACGAUUGCUUGAAGAAGAUGCAUGAGGUGAUGUCCAUGGAAGAGGUGGAGAGGAUUAUGGAUGAGACGCAGGAAGGCAUUGACUAUCAGAGACAAAUUGAUGAGCUCUUAGCUGGAAAUCUGACCACAGAGGACGAAGAGGCCAUUCUGCUAGAACUGGAGGCCAUCACUCAGGAAGACGUGGAACUCCCAGAUGUGCCCACAGAGCCUCUCCCAGAGACCACCCCAGAGAAAGAAGCCGUCAAGAACAAACCCAAACCACAGCUGGUGGCUGCUUCCUAACCUCACGCCGUGUUCCUGCGGUCAAAAAUUACGGCGGUCUGUGUUGACGGAGGAUGUUCUGUGCGUCAGAUGCUGCAAUUUACCAACACAGAGACCUUCCUAACACAGCCCGCUGCUGAACACUAACUGACAUGGAAGGAUACAACUAGCCCCACUGGGCCGUUCUCUAGCGUAUCUCCCACCCUCCGGUCUUCCUUCCUCUCAGCAGCAGCAGGGGGGUAAUUGGGGAACGUAGGGAUCGCUCCACAACUCCUUUUGCAGUAAUUAUAAGCCGGUGUUUCCAUUACUAUUUGAUGAAGUGGGCGGUGAUGUCUGGGGGUAGAUCUAUGAGGGUUCUUCUCUGGUUGUAUUGAGCGGAGGUCGGCCUCCAGGAAGUCUUCUCCGGCCGCACUGAGUUAAGGUCGCCUAUUGCUCUUUGCACCAGAUUAUUGCAUAUUACACUGCUGGAAAGUCUCUGUUGAUCCUGUGUAUGCAGCUAAUCGUAGUGUUGGUGCCAACAAUGCUUCAUUGCUUCAAUCCAAAUGUAUUGUGCCACAGCGUUGUUGCCACUCGGAGACCGCUGCGGUAAAUUGUUCAUUAGUGACAUUUGUGGCUUCUUGCAGCUCCUCCUCCCCUCCUCUUUUGGGUCCCCAGCUCCUCCCUUUGGCCUUUACUUUGCCUCCUCUUCUCUGUUCAGCCCUGCAGCUCCUUCCCUUAUCUGUUGGCCCCUGUAGCUCCUCCUCUGCUCCUCCCUUUUGGACUUCUCUGUUCAGCCCAUGCAGCUCCUCCACUCAUCCUUUGGCCCCUGUAGCUCCUCCCCUACUCAUUUGCACCUCAGCCCCUCCCUUUGGAUUUUGCUUUGCCUCAUCUUCUCUGUUCAGCCUUUUCAGCCUCUUCCCUCCUCCUUUGGUCCCUGUGGCUCUUCCUCCUCUGGAUUCUCAGCUCCUCCCUUUGACCUCUGCAGCUCCUUCCUUUCCUUUGGCCCCUGUAGCUCCCCCUCUACUUUUGGCUCCUCACUUUUUUGGCUUUUGCUCUUCCUUCUCUUCUCGGUCCAUGUGGCCCCUCCCUUAGGCCUCUGCUCCUCCCUUAGGCAUCUGCUCCUCCUUCUCUGUUCAGCCCUUUUCUUUUGGGCCCUGUAGCCCCCCCCUCCUUAUUUUUAUUUUUUUUGGCAUCUACUGUCAUCCCUUUAACAUCUGCAAUGCCUUUCCUUUUGGCCCCUGCAGCUCCUCCCCUCCUCCUUUUUGGCCCCUGCAGCUCCCCCCCUUCUCCUUUUUUGGCCCCUGCAGCUCCUUCCUUUGCCUUCUCCUCCUGCCUGACUUUGUCUAUUGGCACCAGAAGUUGCGGUGAGACCUGAGAGAGAUCCCUUCCAGGCAUUAUGUCAGGAAGAGAGGUUAGGUCACUAGAUGCAUACACCCCCUGAAAGUGAUAACUCCUCAGUACAGCAUCCAGCCGCUGUCUUAUUUCAGCCCGUUCUAGAUUUGGGGGGGGCUGGAUGGUUCUGUGUCCGUCCAUGGAGGUCGAAGAAAAGGAUUUUACAGUGAGUACAAAAAAAAUCCUAUUUUUUCUAGCAUCAGAGAUGCCACUUGGAUCCUUCUUGACUUCUGAAGCUGUCAGACUUCCCCUCUGACCGUGUAUGGGGGUUCUUCUCUACUCAGCAGUUGACAAAAGACCUGUGGUUGAAAGGACUACACGUCCCAUCUUCCACCGCUACAGUUGAACAUUUGGAACACAAUUGCAGCGACCCCGUAUUUGUAGUCCUUUUGACUCUUCCCAUUCUCUAUCUAAAAGUCUGUACCUUGGAGCUGAAGUCUACAGGAGCCUGGCAUUGCACCCUCUCUUUCCACUGAUAGCAGGUGCAAUGCUCUGCAGGCUUAGACGCAAAAAAAAAGUAGUGUCCGUUUUAUAUGGGUGCGAUUUAGAGCUGUACGAUUCUGACCAAAAUGAGAUUCACUAUUUUUUUUUUUGCUUAGAAUAAAGAUCAUGAUUCUUGCAGCAUAACAUCAUCUUUUACAUUAUACAAAAAAAUUGUACUGUUGGGUUUAUUUUUUAUUAAGGGGAAAAAAAUUGCGAUACCGAUUAAUCGCGCGGCUCUAGUGCAUUUAUUAUAUUUUUGCAAAGGGUGGAGUUGGCCUUAAAGGAAUAUUGUCGAUUUAGGACUUCUGGUUCUGGGCUGCUUAGAAAUCUUUUCCUUUUGGUGUAGUCUUCCAUUGUCCUCCUUACUUAUCCAUGCCCAUUCCCACCAUCAGAGGCACAGCAAUCCCUUCUUUCUAAGCUAAUCGUGAAGAAACAUUUAUUGGAAUAAUCACCUUCCAUGCUGUAAACAAAUGUGACUCUAAAAGUUUACUUUCUCCUUUUUAAUAAGGGAAAUUCCACAUCCCCGAUACCAUGACAGGUGCCGAGGCGCUGAUCACAUGAUCUUUGUCUGCUGCAUAGGAACCCGGCGACUAGUAUUAGGGAGCAGUUGAGGUGGAGCCUAUUGACUUGAUGCGUCUACUGUGAUGAGAAGCCUUGCUGGAGACCAUGUGACCCUCACCUCAACAAUGGUCAACUGUUUGGAUGUCGGAGGUCUGCUGGAUUUUAAUUAAAUAAUAUAAAAAAAUGUGUUCUCUCUUUUGAUUUGAGGAGAGGCGGUGGGUGUGUCCGUGUAUACAGCCCGUGUAUAUAUGUAUUUCACACUCCUCAGAAAGAAAAGCCGGCCUGAGAUUGGCUGAUAACGUGUACCGGAGAUCAUGGAGCCGUAUGUAACGUAUCCUCCCCUCUGGAAUCUUUUCUUUCUGGCAGUUACAGUUUUAAAUACAGUUUCCUUAAAAUAAAUGUAUUUUGGUUUUCACAAA